UGAGGAGGGAGCAGGAAAGGGGCAAGCUUAGAGUCUGGAUUGCUUUCGCAGUCGCUGACCCAGCCAUGCCCGCUCCACUGCUCCCACUGCUGCUUCGAACCCUGAUGUCCCGCUUGCUGCUGCCUGCCACCCGCCUGGCCCGCCGGCACCUCCUGCCCCUCCUGCGCAGACUGGCCCGCCGCCUGGGCUCGCAGGAUGUUCGAGAAGCUUUGCUGGGCUGUCUGUUGUUCAUCCUCAGCCAGAGCCGCCCUCCCGACGCUGAGGAGGUCUCCAGAGUGGCUGGCCAGGAGAGGAGGGAGAGGCUAGCUCCCCCAAAAUGAGGCUGCGAUCCCUGAUAUUGGCUGUGUCAUCAAAAGCCAUUCUUUUGGAGCAAGACAGUCCUGGCACCACCACUGAGCACAGCCUACCCACUGUGCAGAAGACGCGGUGGGGGACUGAGCACAAAGAGGGGUCUGACCAGGAAUGCCUCCCCACUCCCAACAGGAAUGACUGGAAGGAUACCAGCAUCUAGCAGAAAACUGAUCUUACGCCACCCUGCACUCCUCCUUCCAAGACACCUUUCCUAAUCGCAUCUGGGCUGGGAGGGGAAAGGGGGGGAUGAGGGGAGUGACUCUGCUCCCCCACCCCCAUCCCGGGCAAAUGAGAACCUGAGUUCCAGUGAGGGACAGUCCUCACCCAUGGAUAACUGACAACUUAUCUGAGAGGGGAGAUUUUAACCCAGACAGUCUGUCCUUCAGACUCAGGAUUUUCCUUCAAAUAAUAGAACCUUGAUUUGGUCAGUCUUGCCCCAAAGCCCAGCACGCAGCAGGUGCUCAAUAAAUAUCUGCUCAUUUGAAUUCGUGGGAUACCAUUGAAAAUUGUGUCACCCAUGCUCCUACACUGAAAAACAGUCUAACGUGGCCAGGGGGUGGGAGGGGGAAAACCACUCCCGGCUCCCUUUUGCUUCCUAUUCCAUUGUCCUGUAGUCCUCAUCUCCUGGAGAUCGUUUCUCUUGCAUAACUUCAGUAUGUCACCCCGUGACCCAGCAGUCCUGGGUCCGAUUUAGAGGUCUGGCCGGCCAGCUCAAGGUAAGAAGGAAAACUUCCUCGGGCCGCUCACCUAGCGGCGUGGGAAGAGGGAGAUUUGUUUGCUAAGGGGCCCUGCCGGCAGCCACCCAGGGGAGCAGAGCAAAAAUGCUUCCUGAGGGGCACUGUGCCUUUUAAGAGAUAUGGGCGGUUGGGGGUGGAGGUGACCAUGGGCAUUCACCUCAUUAUUUCCUCCUCCUCAAAGAGCAGCCCCUAAGGGGUCAAAUCAGAGGUGUCCGAUUCAUUUGCUUUCAGCCUCCGGGUAAUUUGCUUAUUGUUCCCAAGCAACAGUCCUCCCUCCCACCUCCCUCCCUCCGCGAGUCUUAGGCUCUAGGUUGGGGGGCGGGGGGAUAGUGAGGGAUGCGGGCCCCUCUCAGGAUCCCCGUACGGUCCCCACACCAGUCUGAAGUUCGGCCCCUGGGAAGAAGUGACGCCAGAGCUGUGCGCCCCCACUCCAGCCCCGCGGGACCUUCCGCCGGACCCCCACCUCCCCACCCCUCUCGGCACCAUCUGCUUCCUCUU